CUAAACCAGGCGCAUCAUCCCAGUCGAGUCACACCAUCCCACUUCCACCUCCUCUCUCUCUCUCUGUCUCUAUUCGACCAAACCUCACUCGCCCUUCUCACGAAAAAGUCGACAUGGCCGAGGAAUCAUCCAAUCCCGCACCCCCCCCUGCCGACCCCCCGGCCGACGGCGGCGAAGAGGGCGCCGCUGUUUCGAAGAAGGCAGCCAAGAAGGCCGAAGCGAAGGCAAAGAAGGAAGCCGAGAAGGCCCGCCGUGCCGCCGAGCGCGAAGCCGCCGCCGGCGCCGCCGGGCAAGGCGGCCAGGCUGAAGAUCUCGCGAAGGAUAACUACGGCAAAGAGACGCACGAGACGGUCCUCUCGCCAGAGGCCGCGGACAUCAAUCUCAAGUCCAUUGGCGAGGAACACGUCGGCAAGGUCGUGGUGCUGCGGGCGUGGAUCCAGAAUGUGCGCAUGCAGGGCGCCAAGAUGGCUUUCGUGGAGCUUCGCGAGGAGGGCAGCUGGGACAUUCAGGGCGUCGUCGCGGCGAGUCCUGAGGGAACGCCAGUCAGCCGGCAGAUGGUCAAGUGGGUGGGCAGCAUCCACCCGGAGAGCUUCGUGGUGGUGGAGGCCACGGUGCAGAAGCCCCUGGACCCGGUCAAGAGCUGCCGCGUCGCCAACUACGAGCUGCACAUCUUCAAGUUCUUUGUCCACGCUGCUGCGCCCGGCAUGCUGGGUAUGACGCUGGCGGCGGCAAACCGCCCGGUUGCCAACUUCAGCGACGAGGAGCCAUCGGUUGAGAAGGCUGUCGAGGAUCUCAACAUAGCUGCGGCACCUGGCGAGACAGCAGGCAUCCCGGCCGCCUCCAUGCUGACCCAUCUCAACAACAUUGUUAUGCACAAGCGUGCGCCGGUCCAGCAGGCCAUUGCAGAUGUCCGUGCUGAGGUGAAGGACCUGUUCCGCUCAUACCUGAAAUCCCACGGCUUCAAGGAGUUCGAGCCGCCAUGCCUGAUUGGCGCUGCUUCAGAGGGCGGCGCCGACGUCUUCACUCUGCCCUACUUCGGCAAGGAGGCGUGUCUCGCCCAGUCUCCGCAGUUUUACAAGCAGAUUGAGAUUGCAGGUGGUAGGAAGCGCGUCUUUAGCAUUGGCCCUGUUUUCAGAGCCGAACAGUCAAACACACCACGUCACAUGACUGAGUUCACUGGUCUUGAUAUCGAAAUGGAAAUCAAGAAGGACUACAAGGAGGUCAUUUUCAUGCUGGAAGGCGUGCUGCUCCACAUCUUCCGUGGCAUCAAGGAACGAUGCGCCGACGAGAUCGAACUGAUCCGCUCUGUCUAUCCCUCUGAAGAUUUCCUCCUCCCUGAGCCUGGGAAGGAGGUCCGCCUGACCUUCGCCGAAGCACAGAAACUACUGCGUGAAGAAGGGCCUGAGGAGUACCGCAACGUAUCGGACGACGAGGACAUGAGUACCCCCCAGGAAAAGGCGCUCGGCGCGCUGAUCCGUAAAAAGUUCCAUACGGACUUCUAUGUGAUUGACAAGUUCCCCGAGGGCGCACGGCCAUUCUACGCCAAGCUCGAUCCAUCCAACCCAAAAGUGACCAACGCAAUCGAUGCCUUUAUUCGUGGACAAGAGGUGCUGUCCGGCGGCCAGCGUAUCAACGACCCCGAAGAGCUCAAGGCGCGCAUUCGCCAAAAGGGCAUCGACCCUGCCAGCCCAGGUAUCAAGGAGUACGUCCACGUUUUCGAACAGGCUGGCGUCCCAUCUCACGGCGGCGGUGGCAUUGGGCUCGACCGCGUGGUCGCGUGGUUGCUGAACUUGCCCAGUGUGCACCUAGCCGCCUACUAUCCACGGACGCCGAGGAGACUGCUGCCGUGAGCGCGGCGUUUCUAUGAGAAGUAGAUGAUCAAAGGUGCGAUGAUGCGCUAUGAGCUAGCUUUUGAAAACAGAUAGGCGUUGUAAAGGAUAGAACCGUACAGCUGCUUGUUGGUGGAGAGCUAUGAGUGAGUUGGUGACAAGGGGUGAAGGGGGUGGCAUAUGCAUAUUGAUCAUGUGGAACAGUACCAUUCCCCCCCUUUUUUUUUCUCGAGUAGUGAAAAGGGGUGAAAUUUGCGCCACGGUGUAUAGUCACGUGGAGGGGAGAAAGGAAGAAAGCCGGAACGGCUUUCUUCGGUACCUAGGUAACUUAGAAGAGGCAUGCAACCACGUACUUUACGAAUAUACUGUCGGAGACUGUCCUCACUUCCUCACAG